AUGGGUGAGACGACUAGUCUAACUGUGCUCCGGCAGUUUUGUAAGGGCAUUCGGGAAGUCUUUGGUCCGGAGUUCCUACGAAAGCCAACCCCUGAUGAGUGCCAGAGACUGCUAGAUAUGCACGGUGCGGUGCACAAUUUCCCAGGCAUGAUGGGCAACAUUGAUUGCAUGCAUUGGGAGUGGAAAAACUGUCCGGUGGCGUGGAAAGGCCAGUUCACUACCGGUUUCAAGCAGAAACAUCCGUCGAUGAUCCUCGAAGCCGUUGCUGACUACCGUUUGCGGAUCUGGCAUGCAUAUUUCGGUGUUGCAGGUUCGAACAACGACAUCAACGUUCUGCAGUCGUCGCCUAUCUUCAAUGAUGAGUGCCGGGGAGAGGGUCCAGAGAUCAGUUUUGUAGCAAAUGGCACGCAGUAUCGCAUGGGAUACUAUUUGGCAGAUGGAAUAUACCCUCAUUGGCCCGUAUUCGUCAAGACACUUCGCCAACCGGCUGCAGCGAAGAGACAAUAUUUUGCGCGAAAACAAGAGGCCGCUAGGAAAGAUGUUGAGCGAGCUUUUGAAGAUGAAGGAUUUGCUGCAGAACGUUGGGCGCCGGAAGAUGGUGCAAGUACAAGUCACGGCGUUGCAUCCGCGCCGAUACAGAUGGGUGUACCACGUAGUAAUGAAUAUCUGAUCCAACGUUUCGAUGAUAUACGCAGGACAACAUCACAUGACCAACUCCAGGUCGAUUUGAUUGAAGAGAUCUGGGCACGUAGGGGAGGCGGCGUAGCGUGA